AAAUCACAUGCAACGAUCCUGCCUUCCCAGAGCCAUGAGCCAGGCACAGGGAGGCUGCUGUAAUACAUAGGGUGUAGGCACACGCCUUGGCGGCACUACACACCACAUGCAGGCCUACGAGAUACAGUGAAGUGGGGAAAAAACGCUUUACAUUAAUGAAGGUGAGGGCGGCGGUGCGCAUGCGCGGCGGAAGGUGCGGGACAGUGAUAACACAGCCUCGCCGCUCCUCUAUAUUGCCAUUUUUCUCCACCAUGGGGGAGCCACAGAGUGCUUUAUUGCUUCGGAAACAGCUCGCAGAAUUAAACAAGAAUCCUGUCGAAGGCUUCUCAGCGGGACUUAUUGAUGACAACGACAUUUUCAAGUGGGAAGUUCUCAUUAUAGGUCCUCCAGACACACUUUAUGAAGGAGGAUUUUUCAAAGCACAUUUAAUAUUUCCCCGAGAGUAUCCUCUCCGACCGCCCAAAAUGAAAUUCAUCACAGACAUUUGGCAUCCAAAUAUUGAGAAGAAUGGAGAUGUAUGUAUCUCAAUCCUCCAUGAACCUGGAGAUGAUAAGUGGGGUUAUGAAAAAGCCUCGGAGCGUUGGCUUCCUGUGCAUACGGUUGAAACCAUCCUCAUCUCCGUCAUUAGUAUGCUAGCAGAUCCCAAUGAUGAAAGUCCAGCAAAUGUUGAUGCAGCGAAAGAUUGGCGUGAAGAUUACAAUAUCUUUAAGAAGAAAGUAGCGCGUUGUGUUCGGAGAAGUCAAGAGGAAUAGGAUCUCUAGACAUUAGCAUAUCCCUGGUUUAAGACUGUGAAUGGGUGUGGUAGUGAGUCCCAGAAGGCCACAUAUGGUCAGGAAUCUGGACAGUAACAACUCCCAAGCUGCAACACACCUCUGAUAAACUGAUGUUGAAAUACCUUGCAAUUAUGAGCAAGCACAAUACUUAGUGAUAUAGGUCACUGAUAUGACCAUUUUAACUUGCAAGAUGGAAAUUGGGUUUACAAGUUAUAAACAACAAAAAUAAACAAAAAAAAUACUUUGUGGUUUAGUGGUGCAAGAUCUGGGACCAGAUGAUGGAGUGAGACAAGUGUUGAACAGCACCCUUGUGGCAUUAUUUCUGAUCAGGGUCACAUUGUGAAUAACGAGUGAUCAUUUUUUUAAUAAAAGUGAAAACUCUUCGACCUACCCCAGGGAGAGAACAGCAGUGGAAAAGUUCACAGCCAUUUCUACGACACUUAACGAGACCUGAUUAUGUCAGAGCAAAAUUGAUAUAAGUAUAUCUCCCUGUCAUUGAUUUUUUAAUGUAACAGCAUGAAAAUUUAAAUAAAUUUAACUUUUCUUCAUCACACAGGUCUUCUAAAAUUUCGAAUGAUACUGUGUCAUUUGAAAUAUUCGGGUAAGAAGAAAAGUUUGUUACUUUGCUAUGAUAAAAUUAGGCAAGUUAAGGUCUAGAGUGGAUAGUUUGUGGAAGUACAUACAGGAAGGAGUGACUGCCUUUCCUUACUCAAAUCCACAGUGCUCUUAUAGAUAUUAAACUACUUGGUCAAGCCCUACUGUUAAAGAAAUUUAGAUUUUGUUAGGUAUUUUGAUAAUUACUUCAUUUGCAGCUUUGUAUCAACAGGUAGCAUUAAAUCUAAGUUGGUCCUGAGCAAGACAGUUAACUGAUAAUUUAGCAAUGAGAUUCUUAAUGGCUCCCAUAUAAUUAAAAUUUUCAUACUGUUCCAUUCACUCGGCUAUUGGGUUAGGGCUGUACCUUUGCCCAUUAGGAAAAUAAAUAAAUAAAAUAACUAAAAGUGUGGUGUUACAUGAAACAAGUUCCAUGCUGUUAUGAUGCAGCUGAUUCAUCAUUAAUAGGAUCCUGCUAUUGAGCUGAAGGAAUCUAUCUCCUCAAGAUAGCACUAUCAAAGUUGUUUUGAAAAAACAUUUUUUUUUGUAAUGAAAUUAGAAUAAGAUCAUAGUUGCUGUCUUGAGUCUUAAACUUUGUAAUGAAAAUGUGUUGCAAAUUUUCAGCUUUAUAUAUAUAUAUAUAUAUAUAUAUAUAUAUAUAUAUAUAUAUAUAUAUAUAUAUAUAUAUAUAUAUAUAUAUAUAUAUAUAUAUAUAUACACACACUGAAAGGGAAUAUGUAAACUUUGCUCACUUAUCAUGGUGGUGAUGGACGUAGUCAAAACUCAAAACUGCAAAUUUUCCGGUGUACUUCACUAUUGAUAUUCAGCUUGAGGAAUGAGAGCUCAAGGAACCACUACUUGUUACCACCCUUUUUCCUUUCCUUCAUAUCACACUAAGUACCUUCAGCAGCAGGAAACAAGGCUGUUUACAAGGAAUGCUUUCAUUUUGUUAUUACAUGAAUGGGUUAGUGGCUCAUCAUUGUUAUAUAUGCCUUCAGAUGGAGCACCCUUUAACUGGCAGAUUUGGUAGCUUUUAGUUUGUGCCAAAAAAGAAGCCUUCUUCAUACAUUGUAAAUUUCUUAAUUGAUUCACAAACAUUUCUAAGUACUGCUGCUUUUGUCCAAUAUACAAAUGGUAAACUAUCAGCAGCAAUAUCUUCUCAUCACUUAUGCUGCCAAAAGGGCGUCUUCCUGAAGUGUAUCUUCAGGUCAGUAAAUCAACAAUUUAAAAAUUUUAUUUGCAACUCAUCCAACCUGGCUUGAUUUUGCCAUGAUAGUUGACUACAUGUUCUGUAGAAACCCCAUGAAAGAUUUAAUACCUCAAGUGUUAAGUUGUCUCAUUGUUCAUGUGUUGGGUCGGGAGAUGAUGGUGUCACCUAGCCAUAGGGGAAUUUAAGAAUCUGUCACUGUUAAGCCUUAAGGAGGUAAAGGUGGAACACAAUCAUUCCCCUGACCCAGCAAUAAAUGGAAACCCCAGUAUGGAAAAGAAAAACACGUGUGAUAUUAUACUGGACAUAUGAACUGCUACUGUGAACAUUUGUUUUCUACUUUUUUCCAUAUUACUGCAAUAUGUUUUAAGUAACAGUUUGUAGUUGUCCUUCAAUUCAAUAAACACCAAGCUUCA